UACGCAUCAGUUUACCAAGAUACGUUCUUCUCCAAACCCUCUCAGAUGGUGUUUUUUGGCUAUAUGAUUUCCAGUGUCAUCUUUGGACUUCUAGCUGAUAGAUAUGGCCGCUGGAAGGUUUUAUUUAUAUCUUUCAUCUGGGGAGCAUAUUUCUCCUUGCUGACAUCAUUUUCCCCUUCAUACAUCUGGUUUGUCUUCCUCCGAACCAUGGUGGGAUGUGGUGUGUCAGGCCAUGCGCAAGGACUUAUAAUAAAAACAGAAUUUUUGCCUACAAAAUACCGGGGCUAUAUGUUGCCAUUAUCACAGGUGUUUUGGCUGGCAGGCUCCUUAUUAAUUAUUGGAUUGGCAUCGGUGGUUAACACGACGAUCGGGUGGCGGUGGCUGAUAAGAAUUGCCUCUAUUCCAGGCAUUGUUCUCAUCUUAGCAUUUAAGUUUAUCCCCGAGUCUGCUCGGUAUAAUGUGUCUUGUGGAAAUGACAAAGCUGCUCUUGCCACACUGCAAUGGAUUGCAAAGAUGAACCGUUCUGUUAUCCCAGAAGGAAAGCUGGUGGAACCUGUUGAUGAAAAAAGAGGUAGAUUAAAAGACCUACUGGAUCCUAAAUACUUACGAACGUCUUUGCAGAUAUGGAUUAUUUGGCUUGGGAUAUCUUUUGCUUAUUAUGGCAUCAUCCUGGCCAGUGCAGAAUUACUGGAGAAGGAUCUGGUCUGUGCAACAGGAGGAGGAGAGGAAGAUUUUGGCGAUAAUUCGCAGGAGUUCCGGAGCCCUUGUCUCUGUCACUUGUUUGCCCCAUCGGAUUACCAAGUCAUGAUCAUCAGCACAAUGGGAGAGAUUGCAUUAAACCCUUUAAACAUCCUAGGCAUCAAUUUCUUGGGGAGGCGACUGAGCUUGACAAUAACCAUGGGAUGCACCGCACUGUUCUUCCUUCUGCUCAAUAUAUGCACUUCAAGAACUGGCCUCAUUGGUUUUCUCUUCAUGCUGCGUGCCUUGGUCUCUGCAAAUUUCAAUACCAUCUACAUUUACACAGCAGAGGUUUACCCAACUACCAUGAGAGCUGUGGGUCUGGGGACCAGUGGCUCACUGUGUCGGAUUGGUGCUAUGGUGGCACCUUUUAUAGCACAGGUACUCAUGAAUGCUUCUUUCCUGGGAGCACUUUGCCUUUUUGCUUCAGUUUGUGUCGGGUGUGCCAUUUCUGCUUUUACUCUCCCCAUAGAGACUAAAGGAAGAGCACUUCAGGUUGGUAAAGUAUUACUACAUCAGAAACAAGUACAUCAAGUACACCUUCCUCUGCCCUUUAUCCCAUUUUACAGCUAUUAA